CACACACACACACACAGAGACACACACAAAAAACACACAAGCUCUUGAGAGUAUAAAAAGAAGAGAGAAGUUCCACUUUAUUGUUUUUCCGAGGAACGCCUCCCCAAAAUUUCAUCUGCCUUUGCUCCAUCCAAUACUAUUUUUGCUAUUUCCAAUCUCUCAUCUUACUUUCUUUUUCUUUGUUAUUCUCUGCAAACAAACAGCACUACUGAAAAAGGGAAACAUCAUUCAUUCAUUCAUCUUCAUUUUUGGGGGCAUAAAUCAAUGAGACAAGAAGCCAAAAACCCUAAGUCUUCGUGGCCUAAAGUGGUGGCCAGAAAAUGGUUGAAUAUAAAAAAUGGCAGAGAUGAAUUUCUCUCAGAUUAUAGAUCAAAUGCUCUAUUACAAAGGAGGAGGAAGAGUUGCUCGGACGACGGACACUAUGUAGUCGUACCCGAAGAAUUAUCGGAACAAUGGUUGAUGCAAACGAGCAACGAAAUUGAACGGCCAGGAUUCAAUCAGCCAGCAACACCCACUACUAGUAGUCUCGAUCUCAGUAUGUUCGUGGGAACAUGGAACGUAGGAGGCAAAUCACCCCACGAUGGAUUAAACCUAGGAGAUUGGUUAAAGACCAAAACACCCUCCCACAUUUAUGUACUUGGGUUCCAGGAGAUUGUACCUCUAAAUGCAGGCAAUGUACUAGGACCCGAAGACUGUGGUCCAGCUUCAAGAUGGCUAUCGUUAAUCGGCGAAGCUCUAAAUCGAAACUCGGCUAAUUUUACCGCCAAACAGUCCCUUGGUCCGAAUGAUCAACAUCCGAAACCAAGAAUCAGCUUCUCGGAUCUACUCUCAUUCGAAGACGACCUAAUCGAACACAAGGGUAAUUUCGGAAAAUACACGAGCCUAAGAUCCAAUUCACCAUCCAGCCAAAACGGGUCGGGUUCACCUAACCCGCCCGACGAGCCGGAAAAACAUAAGUACCGUUUGGUUGGCAGUAAGCAGAUGGUGGGUAUAUUUUUAUGCGUGUGGGUACGCGAGGAUUUACACGAGCACGUUAGUAGUUUGAAAGUGUCGUGUGUCGGGAGAGGCAUCAUGGGGUACCUCGGAAAUAAGGGAUCAAUAUCUAUAAGCAUGAUAUUGCGUGAAACGGCGUUUUGCUUCGUGUGCACUCACUUAACGUCGGGUGAGAAAGAGGGCGAUGCGAUGAGAAGAAAUUUGGAUGUGAUCGAGAUUUUGAAGAGAACGAGAUUCUCUCAUUCGUAUCGUAUUCCGGGGAAAUCAAUUCCACCGGAUAAUAUUUUGGAUCACGACAAGAUUAUAUGGCUGGGGGAUUUGAAUUAUCGGCUUGCAUCAAGUUCGUGUGGUGACACGUAUGAGCUACUCGAAAGGAGUGAUUGGCAAUCCCUACUAGAGAAAGACGAGUUGAGAAAAGAACAAAAAGCUGGUGGAGUGUUCAAAGGGUGGGAAGAAGGUGAAAUAUAUUUUGCACCGACAUACAAAUACAUCACUAAUUCCGACCGUUACGUUGUCCAAACGCCGCCGGCAUCUAAAGAGAAACGCCGCACUCCGGCCUGGUGUGACAGAAUUCUUUGGAAAGGAGAAGAGUUGAAACAAAUGUGCUACGCUAGAGGCGAAUCAAAGUUUUCAGAUCACAGGCCUGUGUAUUCACUCUUCAAUGUGCAAGUGAAUUUACCUAAAUACCCCACGUCCAGUCCCACAAUUACAAGAAAGGAGGAAUCAGCGGUUUUAUCACCGUCAGUCACUAGAACACAGAGCUGUAUACAGACCACCCCAAGGUUCUCCGUCACAGGCGGCCAUAAGUGACCGACCAAUAGUCUGACGCCACCUGUCUGUAAUUUAUAACGAACCACCGCCACUAAUUACCUCCAUUAAUUUAAUAUAUACUUGGAGCCCCCCGCGCGUGACUUAGAAGCAUGUUAAAACCACGAGCGGUUCACGGCGUGCUGUGCGGCGGACACGUGUUUUGGUGGGUAGUGAUCAUAAGGGAUAUGAAAUAGUAGUGCUAUUUAAAAUAUAUUGGAGAUAUGAAAAUGUAAUUUUGUCAUUUUUUUUUCUUCAUUAAAUUAAAGUAAAUUUAGAGGGAGUAAUUAUUGAAAAAUAAUGAAUUAAUUAGCUAUAAAUUAAGGAAAAUCCUCACAACUGAACUAACUGCCCCUCUUCUAUUUUCACACUAAACCUAUCAUCAUCAUCUUCUUCUUACAAGUCUAACUACUGACUAAGCCACUGUACAUACUACACUAGGGGCAGUGACAGGGAUCAAUAUUAAGGAGAAACAUUUAAAAAA